UGUCCACGUGGUCCACAAUUAGUAUGGGAGGUGAGUGAUACCAUUUCGCCUUGGGUUGUGGCCUCUUUCGCUUCUAUAAUCUCACCUGCUGCAGUUCUUUUAAACGCGUCAGUAAUCAUAGCAGUAAAGAAAAGGAAAGAAUUGCAGAAACUUUCCAAUAUUCUGUUGUUAAGUCUGGCCGUUACGGACCUUGUAGGCGGUGGUAUAUGUGUGCCGUUGUCUGCUUUAGAAGGAUUCUUUCUUGUCUAUCAAAUACUGACUGAACAAAAUAUUUGCACGUUAGAUGAGGUAACUUCCUUGUCCACCUUCACUCUGACAUUUUGUUCGCUUUUCCACCUGGCACUGGUUGCAUGGGAGAGGUACGUGGCCAUUCGAAAAUGGAGGGAUUACAGAGUUAUAGUGACUAAAGGCCGCUUGCAAAAGCUGGCAACGAUAGCACGGAUUUCAGCAACAGUAUUCGUAUUGAGCCCAAACCUCAUUGUUAUAGCGGUCGGUGGGGAUGAGAAUAAUAUCGUCCAACAGAUUAUGUUCACCAUUCCAGCUGUUUCAAUACUUUGUAUUCUAGUACUCAUCGUAUAUUUUUACGUCAUGAUAUACCGUGAAGUUCGCAAACGCAAAUUCAAUAAAAUUAUUCCUCAGGUCAGCCAGUUAAUGACAAUGAAAAUCGACAACAGGGUUGCUAAGACUACUGCUUUGGUUACAGCGGCACUGAUUCUUUCCUUCGUUCCUGUUGUUUCUGUCGCUUUUCUGGCUGAGGUUUUUCCCAUUCUUCAUAAAAUGUCAUCAUGGCGAAUAGCGGAGGCACUGGUGCUUUCAAAUUCUGUGGUUAAUCCACUCAUUUACUGCUACAGGGACUGCCGUUUUAGGAACGCCGUGCUCGAGAUUCUGAAGAUUAAAAAACCU